AUGUGUCUCCAAGCCAUUCUUCGUUGCGACAGUGUGGCUACAGUAACCACAUGCGAAGGCACCAGUUCCGCGAUCAACUGGCUCAGUGAGUUUCCAUUGCCAGAAGCAAUCCGAUUGGCUAAGAAGCUCAGCUUCCAAGCGAAGAUCCCUUCGUGGGCUGUUCCAGGACUCAACCAAACAACCACAACGAUGUCACAGUCGGAGUUUAAGAAUCUGCGGGUUGUAAAAAAUCCAGAAACAGGAUCGCACUCGGCUCUCGUGUUGAUGGUCUCUCGGAUGCAGUCAAAAACGAUUCUAUGGACAAGAAAAUCCGCCCAGCAAGUUGAUGGACACCGGAACUCGCUUGCGCCACGUCUACUCGUUGAAACAGACAAAGAAAAUGAUCCAGAGUCAGAUGAAGAAGGGUCCGAUGAGGAAGAGACUGAUGAGGCGCAGUCCGAUGAGGCGGAGUCCGAUGAGGAAAACUCGGAGUGGAGCUACGAAAAUGAAAAGAGAAGACCGCACCGUCACUGA